AUGCUCCGAAAGCGAGUUGUUGAUGAAUGGGUCGAGAAUCAACCUACAAUUAAAGAACUACGACGCCAUCCACUAGACUACCACACACCGGAUGGAGUUACACUCAAGAAUGAAUUGAGACGUCUUCGGCUCCUAGGAUCAAGAGCCCUAGAUGCAGCCGCUCGAGAUGAAUUCAAGAUCAAUCGGACGGUGGAAGAGAUUGCAGCUCGACGUUCCGAGUUGAGGAAGGCAUCAAAUCUAAUGAAUAUCAUAUCUAUAAGGGCGCAGCGGAUGAAGGCCACGCAUGCGAAUGAAUCAAUUCCUGAUAUUGAGGACGACACCAUAGCUGAUCAUAACUCAGGGAUCGUGCAAGUCCAGAGAGUAGGAGAAGAUGUUGAUUAUGAUGCCUCUUUGCCAAUACAUUAUCUAGUCCUGGGUUUCAUGGAGCAUCUACUUGAGCCACGUACGCCACCAGGACAACCGAGAAAAUGUCCUCUUUGUCAAGUUGACGAAUACGUCUCUGUUGAACACAAGGCUAAGCUUUGGGCCAAUCUAGCUUUAAUGACAAGACAUCUUGAUGGAACAUUUCAUAACGGAUAUAACACUUGGCUUCGCAAGUAUCAGGAAGAAAAUCUGACUAAGAGUGGCUUUCCUUGUCCGUAUGGGUGCGGGAAAUCAUAUAAGGAUUUGAGAGGCUUAAUCAAACAUAUCACAACUCCAAUUAAGAAUGAUUCACCUGAAGACAAGCAGCAUCAUGAGCUUGUGAAGGAAGAUGGAUGGUUUCGAGAUGACUGGAAGGAAGAUGGAAUGGAUUCUGUAAAACGAGAAAGCAAGAGAUCCUAUGCAAGGGAUAAUUGGAGAUGUAAGCGCGCGAUAGACUCUGGCCUUACUACUCCACACCCACCCGCCAAAUAUUUGAGAACAGGAGAGUACAUUACUAUUGAGCAACCAGCACCUGGAAUGUUACACAACCAAUUAGUUGAAUAUGGCCGAAGAGACGGUUACUUGAGCGACUUGAACAUAGAGUUGUCACAAAUGAUGCCUCAACCGACUGUCUCUUUGCAAGCGCAACUACAAUAUAUGCAGAGUCACAGUCCUUUGCGACAACAGUUACCACUUAGCAAAGAGUUAGAAGUAUUGAAAGAUCGGUAUCAAGGAGUCGUUGCUAAUAGUGUGCCAAUCGAGACGCUUGAUUGUAAGAGGUUGGGCGCUGGAAAAUUAUAA